AUAACAGUUGCACAAACGUUCAAGAAGGAUUUUAGUUCUGUCUACUGUAAUGACAACGUGUAAGGUUAUUUAUUUAACUUUAGCCAAUUGCCGCCAUAUCUACCGACCAGGCUGCAUAAAGUGUACUUCAAGAAAAAAUAAGCAAUUUAUGCUUAUUAACUUUUUUUAGAUUGAAUGGAACUUACGUUAUCGAAAAUUGAAUUUUAAGGCUCGCUGUUUAAUCACAAAUGUCAAACAAACAAAAAACGAACUUUCAUCUGAAUUACAGAGUACGGAGUCAUCUUUGACAUAUUUAAACUGAACUAACAAUGUACUUCCUUAUGUGUUUUUGCAUGUUCGCACGCUACCCCGCUAUAAAGCAAUGACGGUGGUACAAUUUCCAUAGUGUGAAAUUGCAAGCUACUUGACAAACACGAAUGUAUUUUAAGACAGAUUAAUUUUUCAAUAUAUUGAAAAAUAAAAUAUCUUUUGUAAUUGUGAUUUUUAUAUCCGUGUCUAUUCUUAGUUGAAAUAUUAAACAAUUUCUAAGAGGGCGUGGGUAGAAUCUCAUAUUCGGGACUGAAACGAUUGGUGAUGCCUUUGACGGGUAGUUUUUGAAAGCGGAUAUGCCAAGAAAGGGUACUUUUACUGAAGAACACCCUUGACUCCGUAAAUUGCAGGUUAGAACGGAGUGACGGAAAAAAAUCCUUACUUGUAACUUAACCUGAAACAGCCGCCUCGGAAGAUUCAUUACUUCAUACCGGAAGGUUUUCAAGUAUUAUUGAGCUUGUCGCAAUAAAAUUGGAUGGAUUUCGCCGAAUUUGAAUUCAUCAUAAAAAGGAGCUCAACAGACGAAGCAGUUAUAGACAUGUUUGACCACAACAUGAAUUAUGUUCUAACGGGCAGGAGGGAACUUGACACCACAUUUGAGAGUUACGAAAAGACAACGUCCAAAGACAGAACACCCCAAGACAUGAAUGCACACCAUCAGAACGCUCAACUACAAGUACAUAACCAAAAUGGGGAGACAAUGGUACAUAUGGGAGGUUAUACAUACCCUAUCGACACCACGAUCUCUGCAGGAGAAGAACUAACGGUAGAAUUCGGGACACAAGAACAUUUUGAAAGACCUCUGUGUGGUCGUUUUGAAGACGAUAAACCAGAAAGUCAGAAAACCAGCCUAAUGGACAUUUCCAACAACACAGUUGACAGAGAUGACAUGCUCGACGCCUACAAUCGAAUAAGCAUGUGUUACGAUUGGAUGAAGAAAGAACCUUGUGAACUAUCAGAAGAACCGGUCUCGUCUUUUGGAAAUAAAAUGAGUUCUGAGGUAGAUGUAAUGCAUAUAAGUCAAUCACAGACCGUAUCGUCUGCUUGUACAGUUGUCUCGUGCAUAGCAUGCUCAGAUCAGAAACUUAAAACGUCAACUUUUACUCAGAGAAAUAAUCAAAGUGUAGGACUGAGAAGAUCAUCGCCCACAGUAUCAGAUCAAAAACCCUCGUUCAUUUCCCAAGGACCAGAAACAGCUGAACCUGAUUAUAGAAACCAAUGUUCUCCUACACUUCCAAACACCAUGAAUGGAAGUGGUUCUCAACAGUAUUGCAUGGCUCCAGGAAAUAAUUAUAUGCCGGGAUCUUCUGUUUACCCCACGAUAUCUUCACCUAAUCCAGCCAAAAUGGAAACCGACGAAAGACAAAAAAGUAAUAAGACGAGUCGGAAGAUCUGGGAGUUUCUGUGCGACCUUUUACACGACCCCCACUACAACCCCGCCCUGGUGAGAUGGGAGGACCGGGAGACGGGCGUGUUUAGACUGGUCAAAUCCCGACAGAUCGCCACUAUCUGGGGCAUGCAGAAAGGAAAUGAGAGCAUGAAUUACGAAAAGUUCAGCAGGGCAAUGCGGUACCACUACAAGCGCGGAGCCCUGCAGCCGGUACUUGGGAAGAGGCUGAUCUACCAAUUUGGUCCGCAAGCUACAGGGUGGAGACAGGUGGCUUCCGAGCUUAAGCACACUGCUUUUGAAUAAACCAAACCCAUUCAAAGGUUUCUAGAACAAAUGAAGUACUAGCAUGCUGACAUUGUGUUUCGUGGAAAGCAUGGACUCCGUACUAUGGCCAUUUAUUUAACCAUUUAAUAUGUGUAGUUUUAACAUGGGUGUUUCUAUAACUCUGAAUACUAAUUUUGAUAACGAUGUUGUAGAUAAUUGCAGCUACUAAGCAAGGGAAUAUGUCUCCACAGCCUCACGUCUUUUUUACCAGAAAGUAUCUCAGCUAUACUUAGUUUGCUCAAAUAUUUUAGAAGAUGGGUUUAAAAGUUUAUUGUUUUGUUCUAUAUAAUGUACAUAAUAUUAAUAUAAAUUAAUAAUUUAUGUUAAUACACAUACUGCUUUUGUUGUUGUUAACUUUAUAAUAUAUGUGAAACAGCUGUUUGGUCUAUUAAAAUGUUACAAAAUAACAAUA